CGCCGAGGUAGCAGGAACCUUGACAGUGAAUUGACGCAUUUGCGUUAUGAUUCUAGGGAUGUUCAGAAAAUUUGUUUGUAGAUGGAAACCUGAUGGAAACCCUGCGGAAACAGGCUCUGAGAAAAAACAAUGAGUCCCAAAAGCGGGCCGGAGCAUGCCGGAGCUUCGAUCACUAGAGCAUUUAGACGCCCGUUGAUUCAACACCUAACCAAACACACUCGGUUUCAACCUGAUUUACCUUUUGUCGACAGAUCUUGCAUUACUGUCGACUUCAAGAUGUCUACCUUUAGCUUCGAUGACUCAGAAACUUGCUCUCAUUUGGCUGGCGACUUUACAGGCGAUGUAGAAACCAAGUAUCGACGAGUUGUCACCUGGAGUGUUGCGCGCCAUACAAAUGGCAAGAGUCUCGCUAAACGCAGAAAGAUGGCAGCGCCUACUUGUGGUACCUGCAAUAUCACAUUGGUCCGCCCCUUCGUGUGUUUACACUGUUCAUACUCGGGAUGUUGGGCGAGUUCGCAUGUCGCAGACCAUUUGAAGCAGAGCUCUCAUAAGUUCUGUGUGGACGUCAGUUCGGGAGCCGUAUUCUGCUCCGCCUGCGAUGAUAUAGUACACAAUCACGCUUUAGACCGGACAUAUUUAGAAUCCCAUCUUAGAGCUGAAGAAAGACGAACAGUGGCGAAGAUACCCCGAGAGCCGUUCAAGUUUUGGGACCCUUCAACAGAUACAGAUGAUGCAUCUGCCCUCGAAGGAAUGGUGGCGAUCCCUUGUCAAGGACGCCGAGGUCUGCUGAAUCUAGGCCAAACGUGUUACCUCAACGUUAUUCUCCAGUGCUUCGUGCAUAAUCCAUUACUCAGAAACCACUUUCUCGGAGACAGACACAACCACAAACUGUGCAAGAUACAAGAUUGCGCUUGCUGCGAGAUGGACAAACUAUUCGUCGAGAUGUACUCCGAAGAUACUACCCCAUUCGGUCCUGUCUCGUUCCUUGCGACAACCUGGCGCAAAUCCACAGAAUUGGCAGGUUAUGCCCAACACGACGCUCACGAAUUCUUCAUCACAUCUCUCAAUCAUAUUCAUAGCAACUGCAAAGGUUCAACCAAUAUAUCAUGUAUCUGUAUCAUCCACUCUACUUUUGCUGGUCAACUCCAAAGCGACGUUAAAUGUGAACGGUGUGGGAAUGUUACAAGCACCGUGGAUCCAAUCCUCGAUGUCAGUCUAGAGUUGAAGGAAAAAGUAGUCCGCGAUGACAAGGGCCAUCUUAGUCUUGGAGCAUGUUUGCGAAAGUAUACCCAGCCCGAAAAACUGGGACCAAAGGAAUAUACUUGCAGCAAAUGCGGAAAAGGCUCUAGUGCUAGCAAGAGGCUUAGCUUUCGCAAACUACCGCCCGUGCUAAGCUUCCAAUUCAAGCGUUUUGAACACAAGGGUUUAGACAAGUCGGGCUCCGCAAGGAAACUUGAUUCUCCUGUUCGUCUUCCUGCGAAUCUGGACAUGAUGCCAUUCACGAGCAUGAACGUGAAAGACAACGACAAGGAGAAUGCUGGGCCACCUGUCAUGUAUCAGUAUGAACUUUUCGCUGUUAUCAACCAUGAAGGACAGAUGGACAACGGGCAUUAUACUAACUUUGCUCGGUUGAAUAGCGGGUGGUACCGCUUUGACGAUGAUAAAGUGACACUCUCAAGUCUUGGUGCAUGCUUGAAAUCUACGCCAUAUAUGUGUUUCUACGUCAAAAAACAUCUUGAAUACAAACCUCACAUAACACCCACCUACAUACGCACAAGAGAGACAGAAGCAGUGAGGGAGAAGGCACUUGAGCGGGAAAAGGAAGCAGCACGGCAAAAAGAGCUCGAUGAUGCGUUAUUGGCGACCGUGUAAUGUACACGCUAUGAUUUAUAUUUAAGGAUGGAUUGGACAUGGACAUAUAAGUAGAU